AUGGCUGAUACUCUACCUCAAGAAGACAUAGAUUCGGAUCCAUACCGUGCCCUGAAAGAUAUUUUCUGUGGAACUGCAGGUGGUAUCGCACAGGUGUUAGUUGGACAGCCGUUUGAUACAACAAAGGUCCGGAUACAAUCUGCUCCGCCAGGAACUUAUUCUUCAUCAUGGGACGUGGUUAAAAAGUUACUUGCUAAGGAAGGUCCCUUGGCUUUCUAUAAGGGUACGUUGACACCGUUGAUUGGAAUUGGAGCAGUUGUCUCAGUUCAGUUUGCGGUCAAUGAGCAAAUGAAAAGAUUUUUCAAGGCAAAAAAUAACGGUGGUGAGAUGACUUUACCACAAUUCUUUAUGGCAGGUUCUGCAUCCGGUUUAGCUAACGGUUUAAUUGCUGGUCCAAUCGAACACAUUAGGAUCCGCUUACAGACCCAGACCACUGGUCCAAAGGAUUUCGCCGGCCCACUUGACGUUAUUAAAAAGUUAUAUAAUAGAGGUGGUAUUCGUCUUUUAUUCAAAGGUUUGGGUGCCACAGAAUUGAGAGAGGGUAUCGGAUCCGGUUCUUAUUUCCUAACCUACGAAGGUUUAGUUCAACGACAAAUGAAAAAAGAGGGAAAGACAAGACAGCAACUUGAGAGCUGGAAACUAUGUACUUUCGGUGGUCUUUCAGGUUAUACUAUGUGGCUUUCAAUCUAUCCAAUUGAUGUGUUAAAAUCUAAUAUGCAAGCAGAUAGUUACAAGAAUCCUAAAUUUGGCAGCUACUCCCAAGCCGCUAAAUACAUUUUCCAGAAGUUUGGUGCACGUGGUUUCUUUAAGGGUAUUGUGCCAACAUUACUUAGGGCUGCACCUGCAAAUGCUGCUACGUUUGUGGCAUUUGAAGAGACUAUGAGACUUAUUGGCUGA